AGAACGACAAAAACUGCGCCAGCUGAUAGUGACAGCAAUCGCUACAGAGGCUGGAGUCCCUGAGUCUGCAGUGACGGUAGUCCUCUACACAGGGUCAAUCAUCAUCCAAGGCACGGUUACGUUCGCGGACCAAGCGCUAGACAAUGUCUCGGAAUCUGAGCAGACUGAGAAACCAGCGUCGAUCGCUAACCCAAACCCUGUAAAUGCCACCAAGUCAGGUUAUGCAGCGUCAAGGUGCUCAACGACAACAUGCG